CACGCUUACGCUGUAGGGUCGUAGGUUAUAGGGCAUACACGCUGCUCUACAUGUGUUGUUGUUUUGUCACGUUUAAUUAAAGUGCGGUAACAUGGGGAAGAAUAAGAAGAACAAAACUAACGAGUCAGGAAAACAAGCGGAUAAGACCGGACAACAAGCAAGUGAUAAGAAGCUCAAACGAGAUGGUAAACCCAAGAAAGCCAAACAAGAGGACCACCUCAAACACAUCCCCUUCAGGCUCCGAGAGAUAAUGAAGAGCAAGGAGAGAAUGAAAAAGGGUUCACUGGGGGCCAAAAAGCUAAAAGAGGCCAUCUCCCCUAAAGGUAAGCCAGAGGAUUCCCAGGAUGGAGACAUACCUGUGCCACAUUUCAAGAGGGGAAAGGGCGAGAGUGAGAGAGCUUAUCUGCAGCGCAUGGAGAAUGCGACUAAACAUGUUCUCUUCCUCACCAAGAACCAAUUGGACAGAAAACCUGAACUGGAUGCAGAUAAACAGGAGAGGCCCGCAGACAGGGGCAAGUCAGAGAAAAAGAAAGAGUAUGAUAAAGUCAGAUUACAGAGGCUACAGCAGAAAAAACUGAACAGGCAGGAGGCCAUGAUGGAAAAAGAGAUGUUUGUAGAUCAUGUUCCCUUUGGGGAAGUUUCAAUGGCUCCACCUUCUCUGAGUGCUAAACCCAAGAAAGCUCAGGUGAAAUCUCAGAAGGCUUCAAAGGAGCUGCUUCUCAACUCCCUCCUAGGCCACACAGUGGGCUCCACAACCAAGCCCUCCAUGGCCAGACAGAGAAUCAUGGAGGAGGAGAGGGAGCGAGCUGUGGAGGCCUACCGUCACCUGAAGAAACAGAAACAGCAGCAGCACGAGGCCAGGACUGCCAGUCUGGAAAAACUCAAGAACCUUCAGUGAUGUCUCAUGUUACUCAACUCAAGGAAUUAUAAUUCCUCAACUACAGUCAGUGUGGACGACUGCAGUGAAGACUGAUGUUCAGAAGCUGAGACAGAUCAUAAGACAGCCAUCAGCAGACUGUGUGUAUGUUCCCUAACUCUGGGUCCGAUAUGCCAGUGGGGGAGCUGACCACAGUGUAGCUUACUGUCAGGGAAAGAUGCAAACAUCUGCAUCCACAGCCCACAGUAUGAGGUAAGUUUAACUACAGUCAACUGCCACUAUUAUUGUCACAUAUUAAGGUUAAAAGAGAAUAGGACAUUGUAAAAGUGUAACUGAACACCCCCAACUACCAGGAAAUUCUUACAAAUGGGGCUUUUGUAGAUUUCUUUCCCUUAUAACAGUGUUGGAUGUUUACAAUGAGUUUGUUUUUUUACACCGUUUCCAUAUUUCCAUCUGCAAAUAACCACAAUGACAUCAUUUAUGAUAGACAGGAAAAUCAUUGAGGUUAUCUCAAGGCAAAUAUAAACCGCUUUAUUUCCUUUAGUUCCACUAGAUGGCAGUCCUCCUGUAGAUUGUUUCCUCAUGUUUGUAUGGGGGCUGAGAAAACAAAUUACUUUGGACUUUUUCUUACUUAAAAAUACAUUUUUGGUGGCACAGUGUGCCAUAUUAUGUAUGCUGGUUUAUGGCUAAUUUAUGUAGUCUUUUAACAUCUUUAUUCAAUAAAUGGAAUUGAGCACAAUUUAUAUACAUAUAUAUAUAUAUAUAUAUAUAUAUAUAUAUAUAUAUAUAUAUAUAUAUAUUUUUUUUUUUUUUUUUUUUUUUUUUUUUUUAAGUGACCUCAGCAGAUACAAUCAAAAUAAAAUCAAAUUCCCUUUUUUUCUGAGUGACAAAACAUGUUGCGAACACAAAUGCAACAAAGUCAGCUACUCAUCAUGGUGUUAAAAAAUGAUCUAAAAUAUAAUUUUUUUUGUGUGUGUGUUUUUGUUUAUUUUAAAAUUUUGAUUGCAUGAUUCCAAUAUCAUUGCAGACAAAGGCUUUAAACCCAGUGAGGUUUUUCACUUUUUGUUUCCCCUGGAAACACCUCUGUCCUAAUUUGCUUGUGUUUUGUCUAUUUACAUAUGUUGUUUUUAAUUUACAGCGCUCUCCACCACCACAUUUACAAAUACAUUUGCCAUGUCAUUUCUUGCCUGCUGUUUCCAAGCUGAAGAAUUAACUGAACCUUAAAAAUGAGAAGAAAUAAAAAAAACUUUUUGGGAGACAAAAUGCAAAAA